CUGCCUGCCUGCAGAUCAGCAGAAAUAUGUCCUUCAAGAUCGCCCAGACGCUCCCUCCGAACCCCGCCACGUCCAGGGGCACGUUCACGCAGCUGGGCACCGAUCCCAAGGGCGAGAAGCUCGUCUACUGCCAGUCAAGGACCGUGAUCAUCCGGCCGCUGGACUCGUCGGCCUCGACCAUCGUCUAUUCGCAGCACGCGCACCCGACGACAGUCGCCCGCAUCUCGCCCUCGGGCUUCUACUGCGCCAGCGCCGAUGUGGCCGGAAACGUGCGCGUGUGGGACCUGGCAGGCGACGAGCAGGUGCUCAAGCUCGAAAUCAAGGCGCUCGGAGGACGCAUCACGGACCUCAGCUGGGACGGCGAGAGCAAGCGCAUCGGCGUAGUUGGCGAGGGCAAAGACCGCUUCGGCUCAUUCUUCUUCAUUGACUCGGGCUCGUCGUGCGGCGAGGUGUCGGGCCACUCCAAGGUGGCCAACUCCAUCGCGCUCAAGUCUGCCCGUCCCUUCCGUGCCGUGACGGCGGGCGAUGAUGGCAACGUCGUCUUCUACAACGGCGUUCCCUACAAGUAUGCCAAGGCGCUCACGACGCACCAGAAGUUCGUCCAGGCCGUCUCCUACGCCCCCAAUGGCGAGACAUUUGUCUCGGCAGGAUCCGACGGCAAGAUCUUCCUGUACAAUGGCUCAACUGGGGAUGCGAUUGGACCACUCGUGGAUGGCUCCGAGACGGCUCACAAGGGCACCAUCUUCUCGGUCGCCUUUUCCCACGACAGUGCCAGCGUGCUGUCGUGUGGUGCUGAUGGCCUUCUGAAGAAGUGGUCCGUCUCCUCGACCGGUGGAAAGCUCGACAAGACGUUCGAUCUCAAUGGAGGCAACGUCUCUGCCUCGGCGAGCAAGGCCGACGAUCAACUCGUCGGCUGCACCUUUGCCGGAAGUGGGCGUGCAGUCGCGCUCAGCCUCGCGGGCGAGCUCAGCGUCGUCGAUGUCAGCAGCGGCAAGAUCGAGAAGCUGCACGGCGCUGGCAAGGCCAUCAGCCCCGGCUCGCUCGUCAGAAGUCCCGAUGGAAAUCUCCUCGCUGGGUCCUUCGAUGGCAAGGUGCUGCGCUUCGAUGCAACAGGCAAAUGCGCCCCAGUCUUGGGCUCUUCGACCACAGGCUCAGCGGUGACGGGGCUGGCCGUAGCAACACAGGCCGACUGUGUCUGGUCAGUGGCCAUGGAUGACACACUCCGCAAAAUCAGCAACGGGAAGUUUGACGCCACGGCAGCCAUCUCGCUCACGGGACAACCGCGAAGCGUGGCAGCCGGUCCAGCUGGCACCGUCAUCGUCGCCACGGCAGCUGGCAUCGACGUUGUGCCUUCCUCCUUGUCCUCCAAGACACAUACGCCCCUCAACGAUUCCCCCACCGCCGUUGCGUGCUCCCCAGACGGAAAGCACGUCGCGUACGGCGCCGAAGACGCCAAGGUCCGGCUCUGCACCCUGACGCGCGAGGGGAACGUGCAGGAGGUGGCCAAGCUCGAGAGUGGCCGGAGCACAAUCACGGCCCUUGCCUUUAGCCGCGACGGCAAGCUGCUGGCUGCGGGUGAGAGCAAUGGCAAGAUCAUGGUCUAUGACGUCGGUGAGAAAAAGAUCAAGUUCAACCAAUGGGUCUUUCACACGGCCCGCAUCAAUGCCAUUGACUUCUCGCCAGACGGCAGCCAGGCCGUCAGCGCCUCGCUCGAUACCAACGUGUACGUCUGGUCCACCGUGCGCCCCAUGAAGUCCAUUGCCAUCAAGAGCGCCUUUCCCGGCGGAGCACAGGGCUGCUGCUGGAUCCAGGACGGCCGUUUCGCCAGUGCCGGUGCAGACGGCACAGUUAAGGUCUUUGACGUGACCAAGGCAGCUUAGAGGAGGGCAGAUGGGACACUAAGGUUGCGCAAGAUAUGGCCCAAAGGCUUAAAAGUUUCAAUAGUGAUCAAUCAAAGAGCACAAAGUAGACACAGACAAAGAGAGACAGAGAAGGAUAUCGAACAAGUAGAAAAGGAAAGGAGAAAAAGAGAUGGGGGAAUGUAAGGUGGUCCCGGUCUGUGUCAUCGGGAAGCUGAAGGUGAGGAGAGAG